UAUUUUAUUUAUUUAUUUAUUGCUUGAUGCACAUGUCCCUCUGAUCUGUUGGACUAAAUUAUUGGAUAUACUGGUGAAUUAUUGAACACCACGGAAAUCAUUAUGACAAGUUUUUAUUUUCAUUUUCUUACAAGAUUCAGGUUGAAUAAAUGAUGAUUUUUCACACUAAAUUAUAUGCAGCUUUAGGCUUGAAGACCUGAUACAAGUUAAUCCAAGAGUCAGCUUAAUGAGUUCGAGGUUUGUCUUGUUUCAAACAUCAAGAUCUGCUGUAGCUUAAACUUUACAAAUCUCAUAACUAAUACAAACUUUUGGAUCUUAAAUAAGUUGAACUCUGACAUGACUAACACAAAUUAGAGGCUUGUUAUUUCUUUCUCAAUUUGCAACCUUUCAUAAUAUGCCUCUAACAGUAUGUUUUACUGUUGUUGCAAUUGCUUUGUUAUAUUCCUUUACAUCUUAUGCAGCUGAUAAUCAUGAAGGCUUUAUUCAAUGCUUUAAGAGUUAUUCUAAUUAUAACUACACUUCAAUCUCUAAGGUUGUGUUCACCCAAACACACUCCUCAUACUCAUCUAUACUCCGGUUUUCAGUUCAAAACCUUAGAUUCACAUCCAACACAACUGCAAAACCUCUUGUCAUUGUAACACCUCUUGAAGUACUAGAAAUUCAAGCCACCAUAAUCUGUUCCCAACGCCAUGAUAUGGAGAUUCGAAUCCGAAGUGGCGGCCAUGACUAUGAAGGGCUGUCCUAUGUUUCUAAAGUUCCAUUUGUUGUUAUUGAUCUCAUAAACCUUCGAGAAAUCCAAAUUGACUUAGAAAAUAGCAAUGCGUGGGUUCAAGGAGGGGCAACGGUGGGCGAACUUUUGUACAAAGUUAGCCAAAAAAGCAAAAUUCUCGGCUUCCCUGCAGGUGUUUGCCCUACUGUUGGUGUUAGCGGACUCAUCGGCGGCGGUGGCUAUGGUUUCCUGAUGCGUAAAUAUGGUCUUUCGGCCGAUAAUAUACUUGACGCUCACAUAAUUGAUGUGAAUGGUAGAGUUCUUGACAGAGAAACAAUGGGUGAGGAUCUGUUUUGGGCUAUUAGAGGUGGUGGAGGAGCAAGCUUUGGAGUUAUUAUAGCAUGGAAGAUAAAACUUGUUCAUGUUCCAUCUACUGUGACAUUGUUCAAUGUUCCAAAGACACUUGAACAAAAUGCAACCAAACUUAUUCAUAAGUGGCAGUUAGUGGCAAAUAAGCUUGAUGAUGACUUAAACAUUAGGAUCAUUUUAGAGAGGGUGAAUUCAAGUACUCAAACAAGGAAGUUAACAAUAAAAGUUGCAUUUGAAUCCUUGUUUCUUGGAGGUGUAGAUAGACUUAUUCCUCUGAUGGAAGAGAAGUUUCCAGAGCUUGGUUUGGUUAGAGAAGAUUGUACUGAGAUGAGUUGGAUUGAAUCUGUUCUCUACCUUGCUGGUUUUACAAAGAAUCAACCUCUUGAAUUUUUGUUGAAUAGAACUCAUAAUGGUGUGUUGUUUUUCAAGGCAAAAUCUGAUUAUGUUAGAGAUCCAAUUCCUGAUAUUGGAUUUGAGGGGUUAUGGCCAAUGUUUUAUGAAGACGAGGCGAAAGCGGCGGUGUUGAUAUUCACUCCUUAUGGUGGCAAAAUGGACGAGAUAUCGGACUCGGAAAUUCCAUUUCCACAUAGAGCUGGAAACAUUUACAAAAUUCAGCACUUGGUUUAUUGGCAAGAGGAAGGUGAUGAAGUAGAAAAAAGGCACAUAAAUUGGAUGAGAAAACUUUAUAGUUAUAUGAAACCAUUUGUUUCAAAGUCUCCAAGAGCUGCAUAUGUGAAUUAUAGAGACCUUGACAUUGGAGUGAAUAACAUUAAUGGAUACACAAGCUAUAAGAAAGCUAGUAUUUGGGGUUUAAAGUAUUUCAAGAACAACUUCAAGAAACUGGCAAUGGUUAAGACCAAAGUUGAUCCUCUAAACUUCUUUAGAAAUGAACAAAGUGUACCUUCAAUGUCUAGUUUUGAUAACAUAACAACAAUACAUAGUAGUAGUAUAUUGCCUUGUGUAGAAGGGGUGCAAUUAGAAUUUCCUAGAGCAGUACAUGCCAUAAUGUAAACUAAGUUGAUUUGCGGUUCUAUUUUAUGUGUAUCUGAUUUGAGAAGCUUAUGAACUGAAUCUUGAUGUCAA